ACGGGUGACGUCACGGACACUACGUCCAUCUUUAUAUACAGUCUAUGAUCUUCACUCGGACCACCUAGCGUCCACUCGCCCCUCUCACCUGGGCUUGUUCAAAUGUAAGUUCAUAUCUUUGCCUGGAGCAUGACAAUACCUGCUUAAUAUGUGCAACAGAUGGAGGAAGUCAUGGGACUCCUCCCUCACAUGCAGACUGGUUGAUCCUGUCUGUCUUUUUUGCCUGAGUUUGCUUUUCUUCAUUUCCCUAUUUUAUUCUUGUUGAGAAUGGCUGUGAACACGAAGCCAAAUACUGUAAUAAUAGGAUGCGGGAUAUCAGGAAUAUCUGCGGCGCACAGGCUGUUGAAAGCUGGAUUUCACAAUGUGCGAAUACUAGAGGCGACUGCGAGGAGCGGAGGAAGAAUAAAAACUGCAAAACUGGGUAAUACCAUCACAGAGAUAGGUGCAACUUAUAUCCAUGGCCCAUCUGAGGAGAAUCCAGUGUUUUGUUUGUCCCGGGACUAUGGCCUCCUUGACCCAGAGGCCCUCACUGAAGAGAACCAGGCCAUAGCUGUUGAUGAAAAACCUCGUUAUUUACCCAACUGGUUCAGCAGUUCAGGUCAGAAGCUGAUGGUUGAACACGUGAUUGCUGCUGUAGAGAUGCAUGAUGAGCUGAUGAAAGAUCUUGCACAGAUUAAGAACAGGGAAGAAACACCGUGGGCCAGUGUGGGGGAUUUUGUACAAUCUGAGUUGCCACAGCGAGCAGCCGAGAGGUGGAAAGAUAGGGAUGAAACCACCAGGGAGCUGUUAAUGUCUGCCAUCAGUACCCUGAUGAAGCUGGAGUGCUGUGACAGUGCCGCUCACAGCAUGGGUGACUUGGACGUGGUGGGAUUUAAUUUGUUCAAGAAUCUCACUGGAGUGGACUGCACCAUUCCAAGUGGAAUGGAAGCCCUGAUCGAAAAAUUGAUGUCAGAGCUCCCUCGUGAUGUAGUGUCCUACAAUCAUCCUGUGCGCUGUGUCCACUGGAACAACACGGGGAGCAGAGAACACGCAGUGACGGUUGAGUGUAUGGAUGGCAAGAGGAUCGCUGCUGAUCAUGUUAUUGUUACAAUACCUCUAGGAUACCUUAAGAAGCACUACUCAACCCUGUUCUGUCCACCUCUACCAGUGCACAAGCUUCACUCCCUCCAGAAACUAGGAUUUGGAACAUGCAACAAAAUAUUUGUGGAGUUUGAUUCACCCUGGUGGGAUCCUGACUGUGAGGUCAUCUACCUGCUGUGGACAGACGAGGAUGAUCCCUCAGGGCAGGGGUCAGAUAUAAGAAAAUCCUGGAUGCGCCAAAUUUUUGGCUUUACUGUGCACCAACCCUCUGAAAGGAACAGCCAUGUUCUCUGUGGCUGGAUUGCUGGGCAUGAAGCAGAGUAUAUGGAGACACUCAGUGAGCAGGAGGUCAGAGGUGCCAUCACGGAGCUCAUCCAUUCAUUCACACGAAACCCCACCAUCACUCUGAGAAGAAUCGUGUGCACAAAGUGGUUCCAUGACCCCUGGACAUGUGGAUCAUAUUGUCACCCAGCAGUAGGAUGUUCAGCAGAGGACUUUGAGAACAUGAUGGAGCCACUGCCUUCGAAGGGAACACAGUCACAGCCCCUGCAGGUGUUGUUUGCUGGAGAAGCUACUCAUCCUUGCCACUACUCCACCAUCCACGGAGCUCUUCUCACUGGGUGGAGAGAAGCUGAUCGACUGAUCGCCCACUACUCCACCAUCAGUCCUUAUUAAACACAUUCAUAUUGUUAUCUGCAUGUUAUGUUUUUGGGUCAAAAAUGAAUGAAGGAAAAAAAUAAUGCAGUAACCUGACAUUGUUAAAUGAGUUUUCCAGUGGUGGAAGAAUCACAAUGUAGUGGAACAUGGGUAAUGUAAUGAUACAUUUAUAAUCAAUAGUAGGAAUGUGUUCUGUGUUCAGAUGGUUCAGUUUAAUGUUCUGAGAUGAAUAAAUAUGACGUUUACUGUU